CACUUGUGCAUCUCAAAACUUGUUUAUCUUUUUUUGUAUUUUAUUGUGUUGAUUUCUGAACACUGUAUCGACACAGCACAUUUUCUUGUUAGUAGUACGCGCAUAUCCUUGUAUUUCCACGAUGUCUCUAUACCCGAGCUUGGAAGAUAUGAAAGUAGACGAGAUGUGCAGAGCGCAUUUGAGCCAAAUAAAGCUUCAAAAUGACCAACAGAGCAUUGCAUAUCCAUACCCAGAUUUUGAAAAUACCUCAAUGCCAGUGCCAGCAAAUAGAGCACUAUAUCCUGCCUUAGGGGAAUAUAUGGGGCUUGAAUUGAGUGAGGAUGUGAUUGCCCAGAAUAUGCCUGAGUACUUACAAGUUGCAGUGAGACAAGAGCCAAUAGCUCCAGCCACUCAAACUGGCCUCAUAGCACCCAUUUCAGGCCAAUCAGUAGGCUUGCAACGUGCUCAGGUGACCCAUGGAAUCAGACCAGUGGUUCUGUGCAAAGACAAGGAUGGCAAAGUUGGACUUCGAGUUAAAGCAAUCAACAACGGUAUUUUCAUAUCUGUAGUGGUGGAUAGAUCACCUGCUGCAUUAGCAGGGCUCAGAUUCGGCGAUCAGAUAUUGCAGAUCAAUGACAUUGAUGUUGCAGGUUUCAGUAUGGAGAAGGUUCAUGAUAUGCUUAAAAAGAGUCCAGUGAACGGCAUCAAGGUUGUCGUCCGUGAUCGUCCUUUCGAACGCACAAUAACCCUACACAAAAACAGUGCUGGCAAUCUCGGGUUCCAGUUCAAAAACGGUCGUAUCGUGAACAUCGUGAAAGAUUCGUCGGCUACCAGAAAUGGAGUGCUCACGGAUCAUCAGUUACUGGAGGUGGAUGGACAGAACGUGGUCGGAAUGAAGGACAAGCACAUCGGGGAUAUCAUACAGAAGACUGGUUCUGUUGUAACCAUCACGGUUAUGCCGAGUUUCCUCUACGAUCACAUGAUUAAAAAGAUGGCUGGCUCACUCCUGAAAGAUUGCAUGGACCAUUCUUUGCCUACACUAUAA